AUGAUGCUGAACGAUGGCAUGGGAAAUGUGGGAAGAAUACAAACCCAGACAAAACUAACACACAAGCACAUACCACAGGCAGGAGCCCACAACCACCCCGACUGGAGGCACAACAUCUUCAUACAUGUUCGGCUCAAUGUGAGGACAGCACCAGACCAACCACCCGAACUACACUGCAUCACCAUCCCCCACCCUCCCCUUUCCCAAGCCCCUCUGCCCCUUCCAAUGCUCCCCCUCCACCCGCCUCCAAACCCACCCCCAUCAUGCAAUGGAAUUGGUAACACAGGCCAAAUCCCUGCCUUCGGGCUACACCCCGCCACAUUCCCAGCCCACACUAAUCGG